AAUUUUGGCAAUUGUGCAGAGUUCAUCAUUCAUCAUUAGUAAAGCAUCACAAGUGCAAUAUAAUCGAACAUUUUUUUUUUUUUUAUUAAAUAAUAAAUGAAAAUGAGAGUUGCUCUGCUAGCUGUGGUGACACUCACUACAGUGGCGGUCCUUGUCGGAGCUGCCGAUCCUGAAUGCGUCUACCGCAAAUUGCGUGGUCUGUCGCCCCACUGGCCGAACCCCACAAGCUGCUCCAGCUAUUACCGCUGCUCGGCCAAGGGCACUGUACGGGCUCUGACCUGUCCAGCCGGAAAAGAAUACAACCCCAAGAACGGCAAGUGUGCCACCGCCGGACGAGGACUCUGCAAACUGAGCUUUGUGGCUCCCCUGUCCGUGGCAACAAACGUUUGCACUGACGAGGUGACCGGAGCAUUUCUGCCAAAGAGCGGGUUCUGCGGUGAAUACUACAUCUGUGACGACCAACAGGCAUACGCCCAGAAGUGCUCCACCGGCAGCGUUUUCAACAACACGCUUGGAGUCUGCAUUCCGGAUACUGAGAAGACCUGCUGGCAGAACCUAUGCGUGGGAGAACCCGAUGGCUCACUUCCGACCAACGACGAUUUAUGUGCCAACUACUACUCAUGCUUAGAUGGUGUGACCACAUUAGAGAAGUGCCCCCUGAAUUCCUACUUCGACGACAGCCUGAAGGUUUGCACCGCCGACACAGACUCCAUCUGCUGGCAGAACUUCUGCGUUGGAAAGGCAGAUGGCUCAGCCGUCGCUGACAAGACCAACUGCUCCGUGUUUUACGUCUGCUCCAGCGACAGCGCGACCAUCCAGAACUGCCCGGUCGGCAGUAUCUUUAACGCCGAUGGCUGGAACUGUCAACCCGGCAAAUGCGAUGACACCACCACAGUGGAGCCUUGCGAUGAUGUGACGACCACAACCGAACCCUGCGAUGAUGUGACGACCACAACGGAACCUUGUGAUGAGGUGACGACCACAACGGAACCCUGCGAUGAGGUGACAACCGUAACAGAACCCACCACCGGCUGUGAUUGUGCUGAUAAUGUGAAGAACGGUGAGCUCGUUGCCAACGAACAGAAUUGCCGACUGUAUAACAUCUGCGUGGACGGCGUCCUGAUCUCCGGAGAUUGUGGCAAGGGAAACUUCUUCAACGUCAACCUCAGUGUGUGCCAGAUCGAUUCUGAAAAUGAGUGUCCCGAUAGCUCUGAGGCGGAGUGCAAAGACGAUGAGAAGCUGGUAGAUGCUCAGAACUGCGCAAAGUACUACGAGUGCCGGAAUGGAGUCUGGCAGUCAGCAAGCUGCGUCAAUGGCAGCUACUUCAACACCACAUUAUCCGUUUGCACAAUAGACUCCGACAAUGUGUGUGUGAAUUCUUCCACUGACGAGUGCAACGUGAGCGAUCCGGCCGCAAGCGGCUCGAACUGCUGGAGCUACCAGACGUGCAUUAACGGCAGGUGGCAGGAGGAGAACUGCAGCAAAGAUUACUACUUCGACCCGGCCGUAGGCAUCUGCAAAGCUGACGAGGGUGCUGUCUGUCCCGAAAACAAGUCAUUCUACAGCAUCAGACCCCCCAUCGGCAACACCAGCCUCAUCGUCAGCCAACGCGCUAGGCGCAGUGUGGAGUCGGAGAACAACGAAGAGGCCCCCUGCUGUCCUGGAGGCAUUGCACAAGGCUCCAUUGUGUGCCAUCCCACCGACUGUGGCAAGUACCUGAUUUGCGAGAAUGGUGAGAUGGUCGAGGGCAGCUGUGGCGUGGGAAAUGUGGUGAAGGACGGUGUCUGCGUGCCCGACACAGGCGCCACUUGCUGGGUGUGUGCCAACAAACCCAACGGCUACCAACUUCCCAACCCGGAUGACUGCACAAGCUACUUCAGAUGCUACAACGGCCUGGCCUCCCAGCACUCGUGUGCCGCUGGCGAGUGGUACAAUGGAGAGAUAUGCGAGAUUGAUGUCACCGCGCAAUGCAUCAACCCCUGUACCUGCGCCUCUGGAGCCGUGCCCCACCCAAUCUGCACAAAGUACUUCCUCUGCACCGACGGAGUGGCCCAAGUGGUGGACUGUGCGGUCGGCGAGGCAUUCAAUAAUGUCACAGGACUGUGCUCCGCCGCAACGAAAUGUGAUGCAAAGCUGUGUGCCACGGCGGCCGACUAUACGACCUACCCAGUAGCUGGAGACACCAGCAAGUUCUACAUGUGCCUUAACAAGGAGGCUACCAUCGUAUCCUGUCAGUCCAACACCGCCUUUAAUUCGACCUACGGGAUGUGUCAGCCCAUACCCAGUGUGGACUGCGAUCAAGCCACCUGUCAGGGUGCUGCUGAGUAUCUGACAUACCCGUCUCUAAAUUGCGACAGCUCAAGCUUCUGCAUCUGCAUGAGCGAUGGUGGUUACCUCAUGUCCUGCAAAGAAGGCUAUGUCUACAACGCCGCAGAUGGCUUUUGUGAAUUUACUGGAGAGUGCGAUCCCGCGUCCUGUGUCGGUAAUCCGGAGUACUGGAUUUCCCCCAAUUACCAAGACGCGAACAGCUUCUGUUUGUGCCGCAAUGAACAGCCCGUGCCGGUGCCCUGCCCCAUUGGAUAUACCUUCAGCAGUGACGAUCUUCUGUGCGUCCUCAUCCCUCAGCCUGACCCGAGAUGCGAUCCCAAUGGUUGCUCGUGCAAAACAGACUUUGAUACGAUUCCAGCUUUGAACACCGACGCUGGAUUCUGUUUAUGCGUGGACAAGCUGCCAUCGUAUAACAGCUGCCCUGCAAACACAGUGUACAACCAGGAAGACAAGGCGUGUUUAGCCCCUAAAGUUGACUCCAGCUGCCUCUGCGAUGCAUCCAAGUGCACGGCGAGUAUGCCUGAUUUUAAGCCGUUCCCCCCCAUAACGGACAGCGAUGAUGCCGGUUUGUGCUAUUGCGAUAAUGGCGAAGUUAUCUACGACACGUGCAGCACGGGAAUGGUUUUCGACGCGGCACAGGAGAUUUGCGUCAUACCCUCGGCACCAUGCUCCGUGUGCGAGAUCGGGAAAUGCGACACUUUGGCCGAUGGAUCCACCUUUGCGGCCCUGAACACAACCGCAGGCUUCUGCGUGUGCGGGUUCGGAAGUCCAUUCUUUGCGGCAUGCGAGAAUGGCAGAGAGUAUGAUGUCGCUUUCGGCGCCUGUCUGAGCCCAUCAUCCAAAAUUGUCGCCAAUUCUGCUUGUGACGUGACCCAAUGCGCCAAACACGGGCAGUUCUCGAAAUUUUCGGCCAGAAACACGACCAGUGGAUACUGCAGUUGCGAGGAUGUCGGCGCCACCACCUACCACAGCUGCGAGAACGGAGAGCUCUUUGACGAGGACCUGGCCGCCUGCACGAUUGAGGCGUGCGACUCUCGCCAAUGCAGAGGUCGCGCCCAGUUUGAACCGUUCGAGGCGAGGAACACCAGUGCGGGAUUCUGCAGCUGUGAUGGAGUCGCCACCUACCAUCACUGUGACGAAGGACACGUCUUCGAUGUUUCCCAGGGCCUGUGCACAUUAAAAGGUGUCAUCGGCAACAUUGCCUGCAACUUGCUAGAGUGCCAGAAGCGGGCUCGCUAUGAGCCCUUCGCGGCUCAGAACACCAAAUCCGGAUUCUGCUCGUGCGACGGCUCGGACGGAGUCAGUGUCACCUUCUAUGCCUGCUCGAUCGGCCAGAUUUUCGCCCCCGAGCUGGGAAUGUGCGCAGAUCAUGUCAUCCAGAAGCGCUCACUGGAGGCGCAGGAAAAACUUGCCUGCGGCUUGGAUGAAAAGCGCUCAGUCCCAGCGAACUGCUCCCAGUACGAGAUCUGCGUGGAGGGGCACUGGCGACGACACAUCUGCUCCGAUCAGCGUUACUACAACCCAGAGCAGCAACGCUGCCUAGAGCCAAGGGACGACAUGGUUUGUGCCUAUGCGCGGGUCACGUAUCUUCCCCCCUGCACCAACCGCAGCGAGGCCCAAACGAUGUCCACCAGAAAUGGCAGCUGCCUACAGUACUUCCGGUGCGCAAGCAGCAAGUGGCGCCUUCGUAACUGUCCCAAGCAGCACUACUAUUCUGCCCUGAUGGGUUCCUGCCUGCCGUUUCCGGCUACCGCAAAGGCAAACGAUCGUGACAUCUGCAACACAACAAUCACCAUAAGUCCGCCCAAGCAUUGCCAGCAUCUGUCCGUUCGUCCGUCUUUGGCAAGCUGUGACAGCUUCCUCAUGUGCCUGGACAACGUUUGGUGGCGGCACCAGUGUCCACUGGGAAUGUACUUCAGCCGCGACCGCAACUACUGUCUGCCAAACGAUGCCGACCAGUGUCCGCAGAAUACCACGACUUCUUGUGUUAGCGGCCAAAAAAGAGGCCUGAUUGGCAGCUGUAGCAUCUAUGACCAAUGUUUGGACGGCCAGUGGGUGCGGAUGCAUUGUCUGGAGGGACAACAGUUCGAGCCACUGCUCGGCUGCGUGCCCAGCGAUGGAAGAUGCCAGGCGAACGGAAUGCGCCGUAUCUGCCAUAAUCGGGAGCUACGGGCUCUGCCACUGAUCCCAGCGGACGGUGGGCAUUGUAUGCCAUUCUUCCACUACUGCGAGGGAGAGGAGUGGCUCCUGGGAAGCUGCCUUCGUGGCCAGCGAUUCGCCCCAGAACUGAACAGGUGUCAGGCCCAAGUCGAGUGCCAGGAGCAAGCUCAAGCUCUGACCCUUUCGGCUGCGGAGAGCAGCUGUUUGGGCCAACCAGAUGGCCUAAGCGUGCCUGAUGCCGAGGAUUGCACACGGUUUUACCUGUGCCUGCAGCAGCAGCCGGCAGUACUGCAGAGCUGUGCCUCCGGUAGCUUCUUCGACGCCGCUCAGGGAUACUGCAGACCCAACGAUGGCACCUGCCAGCUGGACGUCUGCUCAGGAGUAGAGGACGGCAGACUAGUGGCUCAUCCCGAGGACUGUCGUGCGUACUACAGCUGCUCCAGCCAGAACGGUACUCACCUCCACCAGUGCGAACAGGGACUGUACUUCCACAGCCUGCUCUCAUUGUGCCGCGUUGACCACGGCCAGUGCCAGACGGAAUCGGACCCUGGGGCGGAGGAAUCUGGCGGAAAGGUAUGUGCGGGGCUACACGGGGUGCGCCUGUCCCACGAGCUCUACUGCAACCUGUACUACGCGUGCGUGCGUGGCAUGGCGAUUCCAGUGGAGUGUCCAGCACGACAGCAGUUCAAUCCCGUCCUGGGGGCCUGUGAGCCGGAGUCGCAGGCAUUGGAGCAGUGCCAGAACGGACAGCUGGAUGGAAACAGCAGCGUCGUCUACAGCUGCGGUACCCUCCAAGAGGGGAGCUACCUGGCCAACCGUAGCGACUGCACGAGGUACUUCAUCUGUGCUGGUGGCAUUGCUGUAGCUCAGCGGUGUGCAACAGGGAGCUUCUUCGAUCCGGAACAGCUAUUGUGCGUGCAAGACGACGGCUCCUGUCCGUUCGUGGAGCAGUUGGACGAUGAUGAGGAGACAAAUAACCAGCAUGUGCCGCCCGAUCCACUGGUCUGCGAGGGAAAGCACGGCUACAUUCUACCGGAUCCGGCCAACUGCAAUAACUUCUACAUCUGCGUGUCUGGCAAGCUACGCCACGAGUGCUGCUACUCCGGCUUCUUCUUCAACGCUACGCUCCAGCAGUGCCAAACCUUGGAGCCAACCGGCGAUGUGGACUUGCAAACGGAGCUGCCCGGAAAUUUCUCAGUGCGGGAGCAAAGCGCGCAGAACAAGCAGUGCAACGACACACCCACGUCCUUCGACAGCCUGUGCAGCGUCAUUGGCAAUGGCACAUCCGUGGCAGAACAGGGCGACUGCCGGCGCUACACCAGCUGCGAGGAUGAUGUGGCCGUGUCCCAACGCUGCCGCAAUGGGGAGAGUUUCGACAGCCUCCUAAGGAUCUGUCGCCAGAGCGACGGCACUUGCCUCAUGGAGAACGGCGAGCGCGUAGGUGUCUGCAACGGAAAACAUGGCCAGUUGGCUCGCGAUGUUGACAACUGUCGCGGCUUUUUCAUGUGUGUGCACGGGCAGAAAAUCGAGGGCGACUGCGGACCGGGACUCUUCUUCAACAAGGCUACGAGCAGCUGCGAGCAGGAUAUCCUGCAACAGUGCAAAACCGAUGGAGAUGACUCGGUAAUUGUGACCGAUCCGAACUAGGUAUAGAUAUCAUAUAUGUACUCGUAUAAUUUUAAGUGUACUUCAUUCAUAUUAAGGUGGUGGCAAAGAUAAUACUUUUAAAGAAUGAUUGCAAGGAUUAAAAUACCAAAAAUAUCCAAAACGGAA